CGUGCUUCCUUAUCUGUGUCUCUUUCUCCCAUCCUAUCUCUCUCUCUUCAAUUCUAAACCAUGUCUCGUUUUGUCAGUAUUUAAUUUUCUCUCCUUCUCCUAAUUGUUCAGAAACGUUUUCAUAGCCCGAUCUGUUUUCUUAGUAUGCGGGAAUGCGAAAGUAUUUAUAUUUACAAUGCUGUUUUUUUAUAUUUUUAACGCUCGCUGAAAAGUGGUUCGCGCUGCGUUCUGACGCAGCCACCGUGUGUAUACUUGCCGAGUUCUCAUGGACUCCGGAUUUGCAUAAGGUCUUUUCAAGAUGUACGAUUUUCGAAGAGACAAUAGGAUUCGCUUCAGAUGCUUCAGUUCGCAUAAGCGGAGCAUCGCACGACUACUCUAGAACCGCGCCGUAGAGCACAGCAUAUCGGAUUCAAUGGACAUACUCACCUGCGGAAGACCAGAAACCAUGGCGAAGAAUCUGGUCGAGGAGAUCGACACCGAGUUUCUCACCUGCAAGAUCUGUUUCGAGCCGUUCAACGACCCGAAGUCGCUCAACUGCCUGCACACGUUCUGCACGAAAUGUCUCGAGGGCCACCUGGACGGUAUUCGCACGUUUAAGUACGGCAACUUUACAGAGUUCAGCUGCCCGGUAUGUCGUAAGCCGACGACGCUACCGAGCGGAGGCAUACGCCGCCUGCCGGACAACUUCCUCGUCGCCAAUCUGACGGAGAUGAUCAAGCGACAGCGCGUCUCGCAGCUUCCGCACUGCGAGAUCUGCAAGAUGCUGCAAAAGAAGGUCACCGACGCGCAGUCGAAGUGCGUCGACUGCAACAAGAUGCUGUGCAGCGAAUGCGUCGACAAGCACCGGCGCACUGCAGUCACCAAGAGCCACUCGGUCUACGACAUCGAGUCGGAGAAGGAGAUCGAGUGCAAGACGCACAGCGACGAGACGGUGCGCUUCUUCUGCGAACAGUGCGAGACGUGCGUGUGCGUGCUGUGCACCUUCCAGGAGCACGCCGAUCACGAGGUGAUCUCCUUCAAGGAGGGCGUCGCCAAGCACAGGAGCGGCAUCGCCGACAUGGUCACCAACUGCAAGUCGAAGGUCGGCCGGCUGCGCGACGGCCUCGAGGUGGUGCGCACCUGCGAGAAACUGAUCUCGGACGUCGAGCGCGAGAUCUGCGACGUCGCACAGCAGUUCGUGUCGACGAUCAGGGCGCAGGAGCGCACACUCAUCGCCAAGCUGCACGAGAUGUUCGGCGAGGACACGAUGCGCUUCGUCAACGCGAAGACGGAGAUGCGCGACAUGCUCGACAACCUGCAGAGCACCGUCAACCUCGCCGAUAUCGUCGUCAAGGGCAAGGAGAUCGAGUUCCUGCUGCUGAAGAAGCAGCUCAACGAGAAGCUGACGAGUCUGUGCGAGACGGAGGUGCUCGACGUGCCGACGCAGACGAAGAAGCAGCCGAUGUUCGUGCAGGGCUCCGUCUCGCUCGGCUUCCUCGAGGACACGAGCCGACGCGUCGUGCGCUUCCUGCUUCCCGAGGACGAGCCGAAGAAGUACGAGGACGAUGAGGACGAGGAGGUGAGCACGGGCGGCAGCGAGUCGUCGGACAACUCGGCCGAGCGCGAGGUGUGGCAGAUUGACGCCGAGACGGAGACGCCGCCGACGGCGACGUGCGACCAGUCGACGCAGAUCAGCAACGAGGACUCGUGUCUCGAUAAGGAAGUCAACUGCAACCUGCAGCCGAAGGAUCCGACCAGACGGAGGCGUUGCGAUGCAGAGACGCAGACGGACGUGAUCGUGUUCGGGGAGAAGCGCGACCUGAACGAGCGCGACAUCCGACUGCACCAGAAGGAGGUGCAGACGGAUCUGUCGCUCUGUCAGAGGAGAAGGCGGUCGGAGCAGCCGACUACUCCUCCCGGGACACCUCAGCAAAAGCAGGCGCCGCAGCAGGCCGUGGUGCAUUCGUGAAUCGCCACCGAGUAGGAUUAGCCAACGUCGUAGCGAUCGCGGAUUAGCUGCCAGUAGAGCUCCUGGAUGAGUUUUGGCGGGAUUAUAUUAUACGAAGAUCAAAGUUUCGAUCUCGUGACAUUGCGUCCGGCAUGCUUCAAAAAUAGAGAGCGCCUACUGCCGAGUAACGCAACUGACGGCAGCUCAACCAAGACCCGGGGUAAUGGACAGCCUAUAUGUAAUCUAACGAAUAUGAUGUGUGAGAUUUUAUACUUUCAGAGAGAGACAUCAGCAAAGGAGAAAAUAUCAUAAAAUGAAGGGCGUGUCGCACGCUGACAGCAAACACCGUCAGUGACCUCGAGAAAGAUUCCGAGAUAGUUAUCUUUCUAGUUCAUUUUCACUUUUCACCACGAACUCUGAUUCUCGCUCAGAUUUCGGGCAGAGAGUGUGAGAGACGACCAUCUGUCACUAACAAGCGCUUAAAGCAAUAUCUGCGUCCUCCUUGAUGGACCCGCUCUGUCAACAGUCGAAAGGAAUCCUGAUUUAGGUUCGUAUCUUUUACUAAGCGCGGAUGCUUAGCCGCUCACUCCGCAAUGCAACUUAUCGUUCAUCUCUUACGUUAGUGUAAAGCGAGCUAUAAAAUCCGCGGAUAUUAAUUUUACCUAGGUGAUAACCCUCACGUAAAAAAUUUCUUGGGCUGGUCAUGCAAUAAACCUCAAAACCUGUUGUUAUAGUAGGGAAAGGCAUAUCAUUAUUCAUUUAAUCAACGAGCGUCCAAUAUCUAAGUCAUCUUGUUGGCAUAAGCUCUGUACGCAUUACCAUGUGAGCGUGUCGACAACUACUUGUAUAACAAAUGAUUAUGCAUUCCCCAUGAUCUACUUGAUUUUACGAGGUUGUUAUAGAGUUUUGUUUGUGUGAUAUAUGUUAUAUAUUCAAUUAUAUUGGGCAUUCCCAUAUACAUUGACCGACAUCGUAUUAAAGCACACCAGAUGUUAGUUUUUUUUUAUAGGCAGCUAUAAAUUUAUUGGCGAUACUGUUUAAGUAUAUCUUAAGCAUGUAGUUUAAGAUAUAACUGGCUUGGUCGCAUGUUCACCUAGAAAUCACAAUCAUGUGGUUAAGCAAUGUGACAUUUUUCAUAAAGGUAAUUGCGUAUGGAUCAAUGUUUCAUCACGUUGCACAGCGACUAAAGCGAAGAACCGCCACCUUCAUACAAUCGCUGCGUAUUAUUAAUAUUUGCUAACACCUUGCUAUAACGCCUUGCUAUGAUGUACAUACAUAAUAGAGAGGACCACUUGACAUUCAUGGCCUUGGCCGCUAACUGCCCUUUUCACUCUGACUUUUUCUUAACGUUCACGGUUUUUACAGUUUGAUUUUUUCGAAAAUUGUUUGUUAAAAGACGACCGAUAUAUUCGAUGCAAAGGUUUGUUAUACCGCGCAUGGGCGGUGACACGAUUGCGCUUCCUGCUUAUAUAUAUAUAAUAUUCUCUCAAUAUAUACCCCAGCAGAUAUACAAAUCGAUGUGACUUUUGUAAACAUGUCUAGGUGUUGUUUGGAGAGAUACUAACACGGAUUACUAAUAAAAACGCUUGUUUUAGCAGAAUGUUUUGCGCUGAAAAUAAGCUAUGCAUUGUAAUUCGACUCAGGUAGGCUUACUACUGUGACGUCAAGUCGCGGAAAUGACCGUCACACAUCUUCAAAUUAACUAACGUUCGGCGAUGGUUAUUUUGCUACAUUAUAUCGUCUUACCGCCAGAGUUUUCCAUGUGCAUAUUUUUGUGCGUUGCUCUAUAGCAAGUCGUCUUUUGCAUCGGUGCGAGUUCGCAAUUUCGCUAGCCCAUUCUACCGCUCGUAGCUUGUCUCACGCGCUCGUUGCAUGGUUUCUAACAUGUUUUGACACAUAGCUGCUGUAUUCUUGGAAUAAUAUUCCGCAACGGAAGCUUCACCACGGCCAGCAUGAAUACGGGUCUAGUAAUAGCAUUACAAAUCUGCCAAUACCAUCAUGUCACUUCUGCGGCGCUGCUCCGCUGGUAACUGAUGUUGUUUCUGUAUUCGAAAAAGUAGGGCUAAUCCAAGCGUAAUUCACGAAGCUGUACCGUGUUACAUUCUGCUUCUUGCUAUCCUCGUAUUUCCAGCGGAAAGACGGUAAUAGCGCGGGUUUCCCUGCCCUGUACUGCGAGCAGUCGCAGGCAGCGGCGAACGUACUCCCCCCUCAUGCAUGCUCUACAUUUAAACGCAACAUGUGCAUGUUAGCAUAUCGGUUAGAUUAUGCCGCGGCUACGCGUAAACAGUUUAUCAGCACUACUGCACUGCUUCGUUCUCUGGUAUGUCUUUGCUUUCGUAGAAAGAUAUCCUUGAUGCAUCUACGACCAUAUCGAUCGUCGUGGACGUAGAUUUGCCCCCAUAGGACAUAAUAUAAUAUUUCGUUUAUUUUGCAAUGGCUGCUAAUGGACGCAAGUAAUGGAACAAAAUAUACGUGGAUAUAAGAUGUGCGUAAUAAGAGAUCCAUAAUUUGAUAAAAUCAAGAGAAGAUAAUACUUAUAACGCGCAUAUAUAUAUAUAUAUAUUACCUGUGUUAGAGAGUCUUAUCUUCUUCUGAUCAAAUUGCGGCAGUUGGCGCAUACUCUGCAUUCACAUGUAAUUCGUAAUCAUCUUACCGGAUUAAUCCGUAGAUUAAUACCGGAUUAAUCCGUAAAUUAUAUUAUGCCACAUUGGGCCAAAUACAAAGGACCUAUGGCGAUUGAUUAAACAAUUUAUGACCGUAGUGAUCAUACCUGACCUUGUGUCUAUGAUCACUACGGUCACACACGGCAAGUCAUUGUUCACAGCCAAUAAACCAGAAAGAUAUGAAUUAAGGUGUGUCGGCUCUAAGACAAGUAAUCUGGCACGUCUCUAUCACGUGAGACCAACGUAAUGGUUUUCGCCACGGAAGGUCAAAGCUCCCGGUAUGGAUUUCUUUGUGUGGUAUUUUCAGUUCAAGCGAUAUAUUUUGUCUAUUUCGCUUGCUCCUGCAAUCGAGGCGAGUGACCCCUUUGUAUCUAACCCGUACACACAUGUUUUUAUAAAUGCCUCUAUUCCUGUAUUCGUAAAGCGCGUGUUUGUUUAACGUGAAUACUAGUAAUAGAAGCACGCGGCUUAGCAUGCUUAUAUCCAACGUAUAAGGCCUACUGCAGAAGUAGAGAACUAUAAGUAUUGCGGAGAGAUCUUACACAGUAUAUCACGAUCGAGGCCUUUUAGAGGCGCAUUACCGCAAAUGUUAAGAUUAAAAAUCUCGUAGGACUUAUUAAAGUGUUUGUAAAAUAUAAAAUAAAAUGGAAUAAAUCUUGUGUUGAA